CCGUCAGCAGCCUUCCAUCUUCCUGACGAAAUCAUCCAAAGCCCACCCGAAUCGGAUCAAAUUGCAUCAGCUCCAACCCAAAUAUCUCGAUAUAAAGGGGAAACCAGACUAUUUUCAGUCUUUGCCUUGUGGAAUUUCUGCUUUAAUUUACAAAUCAAGCAACUCGGAAAAUGUCUUCAGCUUUGGCGAUUAGGAGACUCGUCUACCGGCCUAGUCAGCUACAAUGCCAGUCUGCGCGCAUUCUACCACAGAUCAUGCGCUGUAACCGCAGAUCACAGCCGUUGCUCUCGUCAUCGUUUUCCUCGUCGGCGGCGGCGAAGAGCAGUCUACCUGCCGCGCCGUUUUCGGCCGUGCUCGGCGCGCGUUCCUCGCGUGCGCUGUUCCGGCUCGUGAGUAUGAGCAGGAAUCUGUUAUCGCGACCGCUGGGCGGACCGACUGGUGAGAACGCCGCGCUGCAAAGAGCAGGUCGCGUACGAUUCAACUCGACGAAGGCGCCCGAGGCAGCAAAGAAGCAGGCGCCGCCGCCGGCGGCGAAGAAAGAGUCGCGCCUGAAGCAGCUGACGAAGAAGUACGGCUGGCCGAUCGUCUGGAUUUAUCUCGGUCUCUCGGUUUUGGAUUAUCCGGUGUGUUUUCUGGUUGUGCAUAUGCUUGGGCAGGAGAAGAUUGGCGAGUUGGAGGAUACGGUUGUUGAGUUCCUCGAACCGGUUACUUCGAAGAUUCGAGAUGCUUUGGUUAAGGCUGGGCUGGCAAAAGAGAAAGCACAGGACAUCGUCACUCCGCUACCAGGCUCCGACGCGGCCGCUAAAGCCCACAAGGCCUCAAUAUGGACUGAGCUCGUGAUUGCGUACGGCAUCCACAAGAGUCUACUCGUCUUCCGCAUCCCUCUGGCGGCAGCAAUCACUCCGCCGAUCGUCAAGUGGGGAUCGAAGCAUUUCCCGCGCCUGUUCAAGGCCGGACCGAGGUUUGGCGUCAAGGCAGACGACAAGCACCGGUUUGGCAGCGGGCUUAUGUAAAAUAGAGAAUUUAGUAGAAGAUAUAUAUGCUGCAUGAAUAUGAUUUCUGAUAUUAUCUGAUUGAAAUGCUUUUGGUGGGUUUCGUGACUAUCGUACAUAUUGCGGUUUAAAAGUCUAGUAGAGCUUGAGAUCACCAGUGAUCUGAUCGAGCUUAUUCUUCGGUGCCGGGCCGAGUCCAAGAACAGUAGCCGACCCAGCCGCGAUCUGCGUCCUUCCCGCGUCGUGGAUGAGAC